AUGAAAGAAGAAGUGGCUUGCCAGAUCACGAGGCCAAUCCCAAUUCGGAUCCUAAAGCGUCCGGAAUUCGAAAGAGCACACCAAGAGGAUGCGGACAGGAGGGAUGCAGCGAUCCAGCAAGCUGAGCGACGAGAACGAUCGAGGGAGCACGUUAAAAAGGUGUACAACCACUCCCACAAAGAGGAUACCUUGGUUAAGAUGGAACGAUCCUUACGGGGGCAAGAGAACCCUGGCAAAGAGAGAGAUCUGACCAGGACGGCCAAAAGGAAGCAGUGUUACGCGGUGCCUGCUGGUCACUGUGAGUAG